CAAAAUCCCUUGAAAAACCCCCUCUUCCUCCCCUCCCCCCUUUGCAUCACUCCUCAAACAACAAAACCAAAAUCUCUCUCUGUCUCUCUCUCUCCCUCUCUCUCUCAAAGAUCACCAUUUUGUGCAUUUUUAGAGCAUUUCUUGUUGAAUUUUCUUGGUUGAGAUACAAAACAUCCAGGACAAAGAAACAGAAAAAGUGACAUUUUUAGACUCAGAUGUCUCAUGUGAGAUGAGGAAGAAGAUCCACUUCUAUCCUCAUCUUUUUCUUCUUUUUGCCUUGUUCUUUCUUGGCACAAUUGUGUGCCUCUCCUCUGCUGCUUCUCAGCAGAUCCCAACUAUCUUCUCCCAUGGACAUCUCACUGAUGCUGAAGCUAUGUACAUUAAGAAGCGCCAGCUUCUUUAUUACAGAGAUGAAUUUGGCGAUAGAGGUGAGAGAGUCGCUGUAGACCCAUCUCUAGUUUUUGAGAAUCCAAGACUUCGAAAUGCUUACAUAGCAUUGCAAGCUUGGAAACAAGCUAUUUUCUCUGAUCCUAUGAAUUUCACUGCCAAUUGGGUUGGAUCUAAGGUCUGUAACUACACUGGGGUUUUCUGUGCUCCAGCUCUCGAUAAUAAGGCCAUCAACACUGUCGCUGGCAUUGACCUCAACCAUGCUGAUAUCGCUGGAUACUUGCCGGAGGAGCUUUCAUUGCUAGUGGAUCUUGCAUUGUUUCACAUCAACUCCAACAGGUUUUGUGGAACUGUACCUCACAACUUCAAGGACUUGAGGGUACUUUAUGAGCUAGAUCUUAGCAACAACAGGUUCGCUGGGAAAUUCCCACAAGUUGUUCUCAAGCUACCCAUACUCAAAUUUUUGGAUCUAAGGUUCAAUGAAUUUGAAGGUACUGUACCAAAAGAGCUAUUCGAUAAAGAUUUAGAUGCAAUCUUCAUCAACCACAACAGGUUCGUCUUCGAUAUUCCUGACAAUUUCGGCAACUCCCCUGUUUCAGUCAUCGUUUUGGCCAACAAUAAGUUCCAUGGUUGCGUGCCUUCAAGCUUGGGUAACAUGACAAAUCUUAACGAAAUCAUCCUCUUGAAUAAUAAUCUAAAGUCUUGCUUGCCACCUGAGAUUGGUAGGCUCAAGGACCUGAAUGUUUUCGAUGUGAGCUUUAACCAGUUAAUGGGUCCAUUGCCCGACACAUUUGGAGGUAUGAACGGCCUUGAGCAGCUCAAUGUGGCUCAUAACAUGCUCUCUGGGAGUAUUCCACGCAGCAUAUGCAAGUUGCCCCAUUUGGAGAACUUCACCUUUUCUUAUAACUUCUUCACUGGAGAGCCACCAGUUUGCUUGAACCUCAAGGAAUUCGACGACAGGAGGAAUUGCUUGCCGGCAAGGCCCUCACAAAGAUCUGCGGCACAAUGCAAGGCAUUUUUAUCUAAGCCUGUUGAUUGUAAUGCGUUUAGAUGUAAACCUUUUGUUCCCUCUUUGCCUGCUCCUCCUCCGCCUUCACCACCACCACCUGUUGUUAUUCCGUUAUCAUCACCUCCACCUCCGCCACCAGCUUACUCACCUCCUCCUCCACCGGUUUAUUCACCACCUCUCCCUCCACCUUCACCCCCACUACCAGUGUUUUCACCCCCUCCACCACCUCCUUCUCCCCUACCACCUUCGCCACCACCUCCACCUCCGCCAGUUUACUCUCCUCCCCCUCCUCCACCUUCCCCACCUCCACCAUCUCCUCCCACACCGUCUCCUCCACCUCCACCUCCAUCACCUCCUCCUCCAUCUCCACCACCAUCUUCACCAUUGCCUCCUUGUGUGCAAUCCCCUCCUCCCCCUCCACCAAAUUCUUCACCACCUCCACCUCCACCUCCAUUAUUUUCCCCCCCACCGCCAACUCCUUACUAUUACAGCUCCCCACCACCACCUUCACCACCUCCGCCCCCAUAUUCACCACCUCCACCCCCAAAUUCACCUCCUCCACAUAUCUAUCCCUACUUAUCACCUCCGCCACCACUUAUCUAUCCUCCACCUCUUCCAGUCCAUUCACCACCACCACCAUCUCCACCUCCCCCUCUACCAUGUGUAGAGUAUUCGCCACCUCCACCAACACCAUCACCAUCGCCACCAACACAUUACAAGCCACCACCAUCCCCAUCACCACCUCUCCUACCACCAAUUUAUAAAUCGCCACCACCGCCUCCACCUGUAACGUAUGCAUCUCCACCACCGCCAGUUCACCAUUCUCCCUCACCACCACCAAUUUACCAUUCUCCAUCGCCACCCUCACCAUCACCUCCAGUUCCAUGUGCAAAUCCACCUCCACCACCACCUCCAGCCAUAAUCUAUGGAAGUCCACCUCCUCCAGCUCCAGUGUACGAAGGGCCACUGCCACCGAUCACUGGGUUCUCAUAUGCUUCACCUCCUCCUCCACCAUAUUAUUGAUUCUUUCGAGAAUUUACCUCCUCUAAACUUUCAUCAAAUUCAUCAAACCAAAAAAAAAAUUGACAAAUUUGUCUUGAGGGCUUUUUUUUCUCUAUGGGCAAUUCUCAACACUCAUAGAGAAAGGAAUAAGGAGAAGAUUUGGAAAAGGGUCUGUGCAGUUUUUUAGGAUUUAUACUCCCUAGAAAUGAUCUCUGACGACGAGAAUUGUUGCAUUAUUGAUUAAGAAAUGGAGAGCACAAGAUACAGAGGUCAGAGAAGAUAUUCUCUUUUUAUUUAUUCGAAUUGUUAUGGAAUAGUUGAGUCUAAAAAAUUAAAAAAAAAAUGGUAGAGAAAGUGUAGGUUUGCAGAGAAAGUUGUAUGUAUAGUGAUGGAAUUGGAGACCAUAAUCAGAGCUAUGGCUGCUGCUAGUUUGAAGGUUUUUAUUGUCAUUA